CGUUUAUGUUCCCGACUUUUUUGCUGACGUCACUGGAAAAUCGUUCAUUCAUUGGCUGAAAUGCCACCGGCGAAUCGAGAACAUCUAUUGUCUGUGAAUUCUUCAGUUGUAGUGAUUCUAUGGUUGUGAAGUGUCCUUUCUGUCAAAUUGUAUGACGUACGCUUAUGUAUUAAAUAAUUAACAAGCUCAGCUUUUCCAUUAACCAUUACAGUGUUUUUAAUUAGACUUUUAAUUAAUGUUUUAUUUCGUUUUAACAAAAAUCUUUUAAAUCUACAAGUUAAAACAAAUAUGCUGUGAUAUCGUGUUUACAAGUGCUUAUACAGGAGACAAAAUCUACAAAAAUUGACCCAUGCUUUUUAUUUUAGUAACAUGGUGAUACAAGCGAGACAGUUUUAAACAAGACAGAUCACAAUGCCAAAAUGGGCUGGGAAAAAAUGUCGUCUGCUCUCGAUGUUAGGGCUGACGACAUCCUUCUUCUUCGUCGAAAUUGUAGUAGGUUACAUAACAAAUUCGAUGGCUUUGGUCGCGGACAGUUUUCACAUGUUAAGCGACGUGGCUGCCUUGAUGGUGGCCUUUGUAUCAGUCAAGAUGUCUCCGAAGAAAUGGUCGAAAAAUACGUUCGGCUGGGCCAGAGCUGAAGUUCUCGGUGCUCUCGUCAACGCCGUCUUCCUCGUAGCUCUUUGUUUUUCCAUUACGGUGGAAGCUUGCAAGAGGUUCAUCGAGAGUGAAGCUAUACACGAUCCGCAAUUGUUGGUCAUAGUUGGCGUUUUGGGACUUCUUGUUAAUUGUAUAGGACUGCUUUUGUUUCAUGAACAUGGUAGCAGCCAUGGUCACUCUCAUGGUCGUUUAGCUCAUAGUCGAAAUCGUCUAACACAACUCGCCAUGACUGACGAUAACGAAAAUGACGAAAGUUAUCCUAGUCCUCCUCCAGAAAAAGCCUCCCACCAUGGGCAUUCCAGUCCGGGACAAAUGAAUAUGAGAGGAGUUUUUUUGCACGUCUUAUCCGAUGCUUUAGGUUCAGUUAUUGUAAUUAUAUCAGCGAUUGUCUUUUGGUUGUCUUCAUGGAAAUACAGAAAUUAUAUCGAUCCAGCUUUGAGCAUAUUGCUGGUAUUGUUAAUAAUGAAUUCUGUAUGGCCACUGUUACGAGAUUCUGCUUUAAUUUUAUUGCAAACUGUACCAACACAUAUCCAAGUCGACGCGAUUCAAAGACGAUUAUUAGCAAAAGUUGAUGGAGUCGUAGGAGUUCACGAGUUCCACGUGUGGCAAUUGGCCGGAGACCGGAUCAUCGCUUCUGCCCAUAUUAAGUGCCGUAAUUUAUCCGAAUACAUGAAAAUCGCUGAAAAAGUCAAAGAAUUCUUCCACAACGAAGGCAUCCAUUCGACGACAAUCCAACCGGAAUUUAUAGAUUAUCAAGCACCGGAAAUCACAGAUAACGACCAAACCGAAGAUUGUGUUCUUGAUUGUCCCAAAACCACAGACAGUGACGACUGCGUACAAAACACAUGCUGCGGCCCGUCCAAACAAUUGGAGAAAAGCCUCUUGAAAGGACGCGAGACCCCCUCACCCAAUAACACCCCAUACAUGGUCCGUCAACGCGGAAAUUCAAGCAACAGUUCAAACAAUUCGCAAGAAAUGAACGAAAUGGAAGCAGGAGUGCUUUUGGAAAAAGGUAAUUCUCCAGUGCCCAAAGACUUCAAUUGUAUCUCAAGGGGUUCACAGUGUUCACAAUACUCAGUAAGAUCUGGUUCAGAACCAAAUUUCUGAUACCAUGAUUAAUUUAAAUUGUUUCACAUAUGUUAAUUAGGCUCUAGUUACCUUAUUAAGUAUAAAAGUCGUGUUUUCGUGUUUAACAUCACUUCAGUUUUUCAAUAUGCUCUUACCAGUAAGUUUCACAGAUUUUGUUAUUACUACAGUGUGAAUCUAGUCUUAGUGCAAUUUUGUUUUCAUUUAUUUUGUGUCUUUUGUGGUUUCGCAAUAGUCAAGUUGGUGAAGCAUAUUUUUCUAGAUAAGAACAAUGAGUUGUAACACUUUGGGAUACGACGGAGUGAAAAUGCAAGAUUUAAAAAAUUGUUUUGCGUACUUACAUUAUAUCAUGUGAUGUAUAAGAAAAAGGGCGACGUUUUAUUAGAGAAAAUUAAAUCAAGUAUUAAUUGGGCGAUAUAAUUGUCAAAACCAGUACCUUAAUAAAAAGGCCCUUUUACACGUAACUAGAUUAGUAAAAAAAAUUCGGCCCUAGUGCUAUCUGCAAACUUACCUACAAUGUUGGGUAAAGUACAAUGUUUUAUUAUAAAAUGUAUUUAAGUGUUAUAUUUAUAUUUUAUUAUGUAUUUUAAGUAUUAUGAUACAUACUUUCUAUCCAACAUCUAAAAACAAGAUUAUAUUUAAAAUCACAGAUACUGUGUGCAGCCUAUUGAAAUAAAAUUAAAGGAAGACUAAAAAA